AUGGCCAUCCCUCUGGCUCUAAUUAUAGACAUAGCUGAUUCAGACAGCUAGUUUUGUUUAUCUCCCUCUAGAAAUUGGGCAACUUCUAUCCUUUGGCAAGCUUCGGUUCCCCUCGGAAUCAGCAGAUUAUGUAUCUCUCUAGUACUCUCUCUAGUUAUGUUCUCUUCUCUAUGUUUUUGUUUAUGAUCUUCAUUAUGUUUGUGUUGUAUCCACUCCACUCCCGUAGUAUGUUCUCUGUGUGUGAGGAAUAAAAGGAAUAUCCGAAUUUGAGAUAUAAUAUUGGAUGGUAGAUUUGUUUUA